AUGCCUCAGAGAGUUUCAAUUGACGAUUCGGACGAACAGCAUGUUUCCUACAAAGGUGUUUGGGAGAUGGUUUUGGGUUCCUCAAGGCAGUGGGAGAUGACGAUACAUUCAACACUAACUCCUGGAUCUACGGCGACCUUUAACUUUAAAGGUUAUCAAGUCUGGGUCUGGGGAACCAUUCCACCCGGUGUCGGCAGCAACUUAAUUGAAGUUUCUAUCGACGGAGGAGCCGCGACCACCGUCAGUCGAACCUCGAAUGGCUCAGCAGUGUACAACGAGGUGUACUUCAGCUCCGACCUUCUCAGAAACGGUUAUCAUCAGAUUGUGGUGACAGGCCUGGGGUCAGCAGACAAAGGAAACAGUGAAUUCCAACUGGACAGAUUCGAGUUUCAAACGGACGACGAAAUACCAUCCUUCACUACUUCAGGCAUUAGCACAUCUACCUCUUCUUCUGGGACCUCUGGACCAACAUCCGAUUCCUCGUCUUCAGGCACCACGGAUAUAGCUUCAUCACCAAAAAAAUCGACUCCUGCGGGCGCGAUUGCUGGUGCGGUUGUCGGAGCCUUGGCUUUGAUUGCUCUUGUGCUAGGUUUCCUUUUGUGGCGGCGGCGGCGACGAAGCAAUGGGGAUGGGCCAGUGACUAAGAGAAAUGAUAAUGCUCGUAAUCCUUUCGCACCGGACCCGUUUCCACUUGAGAACAAACCUCCCAGCCAUAUUGUCCCAAACGCUGCUCUAUCGGUUGCUGUCAGCACGGGCAGUCAUGGAUCUGCCCAGACUCAGGAACACAUAUCGGAGAAGUCUACUACAUACCAGAGCUCUCAUCCCGAAUCUAGUUUGUAUUCCCCCAUGUCGACCGCUGGUUCCUCUCAGGCCCUUGUCCCAGUCAGAAUGAAUUCAUCUUCGACUCUUGCAACACCCAGCUCAAACAACGUCUCACGGAGUCCAUUGUCUCCCAAUGAUGGGUCUGCAAUACAUUCCUCCCCCACCGCGCGCAGCCCCGAAUCUUUCGUUCCUCUUCAAACAAUGACAGAACUACCAACACCUGCCAAUGAUAAUUUUGAGCACCCCCCUCCUUCCUACACCCACCACGACGAAGGGGUAAGCGGAACCGGAAGCGUGCUAUCAUACAAAUGA